AUGCUGGGGGAUCACGAGAAUGAGUUUGUGGACGCCCUCUCCAGAGACCUCCACAAGCCCCGCUUUGAGACCUUGCUGUCGGAGGUGAUGCUGGUGAAGAACGAGGCCCUCUUCGCCAUCAACAACCUGAAGAAAUGGAUGGAGCCGGAGCGCGUGGAGCGCACCCUGACCACCUCGCUGGAUGAGUGUUUCGUGGUGAGCGAGCCCCUGGGGGUGGUCCUGAUCGUUGCGGCCUGGAGCAGCCCUAUCCAGCUGUGCCUUGUCCCACUGGUUGGUGCUAUAGCCGCAGGCAACUGUGUUAUCAUUAAUCCCCCUGAGAUCACCUCUCAUGCUGCCGAGCUGCUACAGAGGCUUCUCCCCUCCUACCUGGACAAUGAGUGCUAUCAUGUGAUCCGCGGUGGGCCUGGAGACCUCACCGACAUGGUGGAACUCAAAUUUGAUCACGUCUUUUUCACAGGCAGCGGUGUCGAUGGGGGGAGGGUGAUGAAGGCAGCAGCCCCCACACUGACGCCUGUCACUCUGGUCCUGGGAGGAAAGAAUCCCUGUUACGUGGACCGGGACUGCGAUGUAAGCACUGCCGCUCGGCGCAUUGCCUGGGCGCGCUUCCAGAACGCCGGCCAGAGUGCGGCGGCGCCCGGUUACGUGCUGUGUCACGGCGAAGUUAAGGACAAGCUGGUGCAGGCCUUGCGGGCAUGCCUGCUGCACUUCUAUGGCCCCGACCCCCGCCAGUCCGGCAGCUUCGGGCGUCUGGUGAGCUCGGAGCACUUCGCCCACGUCCGUGACCUGCUGCAGAGCUCCGGGAAAGUGGCAGUAGGGGGCCAGGUGAAUGAGGCCGAGAGAUACAUAGCUCCCACAGUGCUGACAGAUGUGCAGGAGAUGGACCCCAUCAUGCAGCAGGAGGUCUUGGGCCCAGUUCUUCCCAUCCUGACCGUACACAGCGCAGAAGAGGCCAUCUCCUUCAUUCGCCGGCAGCCGAAGCCUCUGUGUCUGUACGUCUACUCUAACAACAGCAAGAUUAUUUCCCAGAUGAUGGAAUGCACCUCCAGUGGAAGCUUUUGCUCCAAUGACAGCAUUCUGCAGACCAUGAUGGCCACAAUGCCAUCUGGAGGAGUCGGUGCUAGCGGGAUGGGCUCCUACCACGGGCGCUACAGCUUCGACACGUUCUCGCACAAGAAGUCCUGCGUGCUCCGCGGCACGCGGAUCGAGUGCGUCACCUACCUGCGCUACCCACCCUACGAGGACCGCAGCCUGUCCCUCAUGAUGUGGGCCGGCUCUCUGUCCCGCAAGAGCCAGGCCUGGUGCCAGAUCCUGUGAGGGCCCGAGCACCCCACACCUGGAGUCUUGCGUCUUUCAGAGACAUGCCUUUUGCAAGGGAAGGAAGGUAUACUGGUCUAGUGACCCACCUGCUUCCUUGCUGAAAUGGAGCAGAAGGCACCAGAUUUAACACUGUAGGACGCGAGGUGUACUGGCCAGGACCGAGCUACAGGUGUGGCAUGUAUCUUCACAGGUCUUGGAGCUGGGUUCACUUACCGGUGACUUAGGUGUUCACUGUCUGUUGUCUUUGUGAUGCUGUUUCUGUGUGUAAGGGGGGGGUCUUGGGUUGACAUUGCAGGAACAAAUUUACAAACCUCUUUAACAAGAUGUGCUUUGCAAAUUUGUUUCCAUCUGUAUCAGCACUCUAUAGUGCCGCUAUAUUUUAAGUGCAACAUUCAUUGCUAAACCAUUGUAAGUGGUUUAGCUUUAUCGGCAUUCCGAAAAUGUACAAUUUGAAGGCAGGCACAAAAGGUCAUGUAUUUGAUUAGCAUUUUCAAAUGGUACACAGUAAUCAAACAGUAAUAUUUUACUAAAAAUUGCAAUGUUUUUUGACAUAGUCCCUCUUAAAAUGGAAAAAAUCUGAAUUCAGUGAAAGUAGGCAGUGGUCAUGGAUAAACAAGUCAUGUAGUGUUUGAGAAAUUUCUCCCUCACUGGUUUUGAAAUAAUAAUGAUUUCAUACAUAAGAUUGACUCUUCAGGAUGAAGGUAGAUAAUGCAUUUAACUCUUGGUUAAGAAACAUAUUGCGCUUUUAGAUGGAUUUUAAUCUUUCCCUAAUUUUAAAGGAGGAUUAGACAUUGUAAUGCAGUACAAUUAUGUUCUUAUCCAGUCUGUUCUGCAUGCUCGUCGCAUCAAAACUAUUUCUGUAACUAAAUCGCUAGUGCAUGCCCACAAUGUUGAAGCUACUUUAGAGACCACACUAUUGAGUAUCGCACAAAUGUAGGAGUGUUGUCACGUUAUAUUAAAGUAUGGGAGGCUGAGGUCAACCCUAAGGGUAUUUUGCAGUGCUUACAGAGUCACCUUCGGGUAUAAUAUAGGCAUCUGUGCAGUGUUUGCAUAACUUUAAACUUAGGAAAAGGGGGAUUUCUUCAAAAACGGUUACAGAAAUGUGAUGGGUGCAGAGCUGAUAGUAACUGAUAGUCUCCUACAAAGCAAACAGACUGAAAUACUUAAGAGAUAACUGUAUUGUAAACCUUAAAUGAGAGAGACUGUUUCAAGGACCUGUGAAGCUGAUGUAUUUAAGAUCUGAAUGAUUUUGCACCUCCAAAUGUAAAAGGAAUUUAUAACCAGUUGUACCAGUAUCCUAACAUUUCCCAGCUAUUCAGGUUUUAAACAUUUACUUUUUGGCUGCUUUGAUCAGAAUCAUACCGUUGUCUUUUUUUCCCCAUAGGCGCUGCUUGUAUACCUGCUUGUGAUGUUGCCAGUUUCUAACUUGGUGGCUUGAUUUCUUUGUGAAGUGCUUAAUCUUAAUGUAGAGGCCACUUGUUUAACUGCCUGGUCCGUGUAGAUUGAUUUACACGUUUGUCACAUUGUUUGCAUGUUGUGCAUAAAAUAAAACAUAUAUUUGUACAAAAUA